GCGAGGCCGCCCCUCCAGCCCGGGCGAGGCGUCAGGUUUCGGCCUGGUGCCCGGGGAGGUUUUGCCGGAGGAGGAGGAGGAAGAGGGGAGCCACGAGGACGGCGCGAGCCGAGCCUGAGCCCUGGCGUGAGGGCGACUGACUGCGGGGGGGCGCCGCCUGGCCAGCUGCCCUGCCUCUGCCUCUGCCUCUGCCUCCUGGCCCGCCCCGGGGAGAAAGGUCCGCCAAGGUAAAUAAGGCCCAUCUGGCAUGGAUGCUUUCGCCAGCCACAGCUGUCACCUUCUUCAGCAGCUCCAUGAUCAACGCAUUCAAGGCCUUCUCUGUGAUUGCAUGUUGGUGGUCAAAGGUGUUUGUUUCAAAGCACAUAAAAAUGUUCUAGCUGCUUUCAGCCAAUAUUUCAGGACUCUGUUUCAAAAUUCUUCAGGCCAGAAGAAUGAUGUCUUUCACUUGGAUAUUAAAAAUGUAGGUGGCAUAGGCCAGAUAUUAGACUAUAUGUACACAUCUCAUCUUGACCUCAACCAGGACAAUGUACAAACUUUGUUGGAUAUUGCACAGUGUCUACAAGUGCAAAAUAUUUUGAGUAUGUGUCGUUCAUUUUUAAAAUCCUCCACAGCUAUAGAGCAUCCAGUCAGUAUGCCUUGUAACAAUGCUUUCUCAUUGCAAAAUGCGUUGGCUGCAGAUACUAACCAUGAGAGUUAUAGUACUAAUUCACUGUGCAUGUGCUCAUCCCCUGUGGAAGCUUGCAAAGUCCUGGAUGACCACCAUCUACGUGGGCCACAGCCUGUUGCAGUCCACAUCUCAUCUGGUGAUAUAAAUAGACAGAAGCAGGAUUCCAUGGAUGCUAGUUGCACAGAUCUCUCCUUUAAACAGCCAAAUCGCCAUUACAAACUCCGUAAUUUUUAUAGCAAACAGUUCUACAAGCAAACUACUUGUCCCAGCAACAAGACCUCACCAGAACCAUCCUUUGAUUUCACUACCUCUACAGAACAAAACACAGUCAAGAAUGGUUCAUGCACCAUCAAUCAAUCUAAACGUGUUUUGGAAUCAUCCAGUCACUUACCGCCAUCCUUUCUGGUUCAACCCUUGAAUGAGCGUUCUGAGGAUCAAGAUUUAGAAGGCACAUCUUUACAGCCAACCAAAGAGAUGAGGCUUAAAAAAGCCAUUCAUCUUAAAAAACUGAAUUUUCUGCGGGCUCAAAAAUCUUCUGUACUUAAAAUUGCUAAUGGAGACACUGCCAGGGAAACUGAGUUAGAAAGGCAAAGUAGCACAAAAAGGACAAUUAUUGGUGCUAUUGAAAGAAACGAAGUUAAACAUGCGGUUAGUUCAGAAUGCUUGGAGCAAAGCGUUGAACUUGAGCCCGAGUCUCAGGAACCUUCUGAGCCAAGUAGCCAGUUGCAGGUUUUCCUGUCGGAGAGGCUGCAGUAUCCUUGUGCGUUGUGUGGAAAGGCUUUUAAACAUCCAAGCAAUCUGGAGCUCCACAUAAGGUCUCAUACAGGUGAGAAGCCAUUUGAAUGUAACAUUUGUGGCAAAUGUUUCUCACAGGCAGGUAAUCUUCAGACUCAUUUACGUCGGCAUUCUGGUGAAAAACCUUACAUCUGUGAGAUCUGUGGAAAAAGGUUUGCUGCAUCUGGAGAUGUCCAGCGCCACAUUAUUAUUCACACUGGAGAGAAACCACACCUGUGUGAUAUUUGUGGUCGAGGAUUUAGUAACUUCAGUAAUUUAAAGGAACACAAGAAGAACCAUACAGUAGAAAAAGUUUUCACCUGUGAUGAGUGUGGAAAGUCAUUUAACUUACCUCGGAAGUUAGUAAAGCACAGAAUCAGGCAUACAGGAGAGAGACCAUAUAGUUGCUCAGCCUGCGGGAAAUGCUUUGCAGGUUCUGGUGACUUGCGAAGACACAUCCGGACUCAUACUGGGGAAAAGCCAUAUAAUUGUGAAACUUGUAAUAAAUGCUUCAGUCGUUCUGCUGUCUUGCGUCGACACAGAAAAAUCCAUUGUAAAGCUGUUAAUGAAGGUCCAAAUGCACUAGAUGAGUUUACGCAGGCGGUAGAAAUCUCGGACCUUGAAAAGUCCCAAAACUCAGAUUCAUUUACCCAAGAAAUAUCAGUAACUUUAUUACCAGUGUCAGUGAAGUUUCCCAUCCACCCAACAGAAAAUUCAUCCAAUGAAGUUAACAGUCCUGGGGUAACAUUACGCAAGGUGCGACCCACAGUGCAACAGAAUGAUUGUACAAACCAACAAAAACUGAUUUUGGACCCUAUUAAACUCUGCAAAUCUCAGGAAAGACCUAAUCGUCCCUGCUCUUAUAAAGAAAUGGAUCCAUCAAUUGAGGAAGAACCUCUGCAGUCUGAUGGCACUCCCAUGAUUCGCUCCUCCAUGAGUACCCUGGGCAAUAAUUGUGAAUUGAGCAGCCGUGUAUCUUCUGCUGAAUACAGAAAUAAUGAAGGGCCGUUCUUCUCUAGCGUGACCCUGUGGGGUUUAGCGAUGAAGACUUUACAGAAUGAGACUGAGUUGGGUCAGUGACAAAUUGUGCUAAUCCUUUGUCAGCUUGUAAGGAAGUUGUAUUUGACAGGUGUUUCUAUAAAAUAAUAAAGUAUUUAUAUAGUGUUUCACAUA